AUGACCACGAACGACAGGUUCGACGACCUGGCGCGACAGCUCACCCAGGGACUCUCCCACCUGAAUACUAUCAAUGCCGAGGCAAAGCACGAUAGCGACAAGACUCGUCUUGCAAUAAUUGACGCUGCAGAAUCAAUUCGCGCCAAGGUGGCCGUUGAGGUGGAGGCAGGUCGACACCACACAAGUCACGAAGUCGCAAAAGGUCGAGCAGUAUCCAAGGCCGAGGCGCAAAAGACCAGGCAACACAUUACGAUUGAAUCCACCUCCAAUCGAGCGGAACUUCGUAACGCUCAUCGAUCGACCGUUGGACAUGUCGGUCGCCGCAUCGACCUCGCACACCAGAAAACGAGAGCUCACCUUCAAAAUAGGCUAGAGUCCAUGCAAAAGAAGGAUUUGGACGAGAGGACAAGGUUGCACUUCAUCAACAGUUUCAGAGUUCCAGAACUGAAUGAGCGGCGCCACCAAAUAUCGGAAGCUCACACCGGCACGUAUGAAUGGAUCUUUGCUGAAAACCUGGAGACACAAUACCCGGCGACAACAGGCAUCAGGAGAUCCUGGGACAGCUUCACUGACUGGCUCCUGUCAUCGUCACCAAUGUAUUGGAUUCACAGCAAAGCUGGGAGCGGGAAAUCAACGUUGAUGCGUUUCAUGUCCAAGCAUGAGAAGACUCGGGAACUGUUAGACAAAUGGGCGAGGCCAUGGACGACGAUCGUCCUGACUUGGUAUUUCUGGAACUCAGGGAGUCAGGCCCAGCGAAGUCUGAAGGGCGCUCUUUGUGCACUACUAUUUCAGCUCCUGUCUAGCCACCCUGACAUUGCGACCGAUAUCCUGAGGAACGAACCUCAUCUCAGUCGUCGAGAUACUGUAGCAGACUGGUCUCAAGCGGACCUAAUCAACCUGGCCUCCAACAUGUUCUCAUCUUUUAGUGGGCACAUCGCUGUGUUCCUUGACGGACUCGACGAGUUUGACAGGGACGAGGAUGUCAAGGCAUUGUUCGAUCUGCUGCACUCCCUCACCAAAACGUCUAGGGUCAAAAUCUGCUUCUCAAGCCGACCAGAACGGCGAUUGGAGCUCGAGCUGGGCCACCUUCCACAGCUACGACUACAAGACAUGACAUCUCAUGAUAUGAGACAUUACAUCACCAAUAGAUUGCGCCCAGCAUUUCCACAUUGGAGCUACACAGGAUUCGACAGCUUUGUUGAGAAAAUAGUGCACAAGGCCGACGGAGUAUUUUUGUGGGUAUAUCUCGUCACAAAGAACCUCCAACAAGGCUCAUUACACUCAGACAGCUAUGGUGUUCUGAUGGAACGGUUAGAACUCCUGCCCGCGAAGAUGGAGACUCUGUACGAGCAUAUGUGGCGAUCACUCAAUGGAGACGAAGACUUGCCGACCUAUCGUAGGCAAGCCGCACUCUUUUUCAGCUUUCACGCCCAUUUCCCCCUAUCAUUGCUCCAUUUUGUACUUGCUACGGAUGAAGAUCUGUGCGCCCUGGCAUCCGAUAUGACGCAGGCUGGUAUCUUUACCAUCAAGCUCCACAAGGCAUGGCUCCGGAUGAAUUCCUUGUUGCAGACUCGGUGCGCUGGGCUACUCGAAAUAGGAGGCAUCAAUCCACGACUAGCGCCUUGGGUUUAUAGGCAAAGCGAAGCAGACUUGAACCUUUCGACAGCAGCAUUCGAGACAGACUCCAACGAUAUUGAUCAGAUUUUCCGAUUAUCGCGGGCUCUCCAAUGCCGAGGAAGGGUGCAGUUCUUUCAUCGUACUGCAAGAGACUUUCUGCUGGAUAAACCUGUAGGGCAAGAGCUCAUGAAACGGUACACCUUGUCCACACAAGAUGUGGCUGAGAGACUGUUAAAGGCCGAUUUGGCAACGCGACUCUCCGGCAUGUAUCAUCCUUCAGAUUUUGAAGAUACUGAAUCCUGGCGCGGGUUCGAGUGGGAUAAGCUGACUCAAAUGCUCAGGCUGAUAGGGAAUCUAGAUAAAAGUGGUGCAGACGAAAAAGUUGCGGAGUUUCAGUACAAGCUGUUGCAGCUUAUCGACACUACAUACCGCCAGGAAUUGAUGCCCAAAUGGCACAACUUCGUUGAUCCGGUCAGCCGACACAAUUGGUACCUGGCGAUAGUCUUCGGAUUCGAUUCGCCGGAUCUAUGGGGGUUGGUGAUGUGUUGUAUCUCGUCAAGCACCCUCACUACAGUGAUACUACACAACGGCCCGGACGAUAAAGAGUUUGCAACUUACCUUCUCCACGAGUUGUGUCGAAAGCCACAGUUUAUGCAAGCAGACCUCUGGUCAGUACGAGUCUUGCUUAAUACCGGUGCCUAUCCAAAUGCAAUCGGUGGGUUCAGUCCCAAGGAUUGCACCCGGAGAAGUCCAUGGCAGCAGUUUGUGCUACGCUUCAUGGAGCUUGAGCAAGGAAAAACUGCCGAGUCAAGAGACCAGGCCAUGCAAGGGCAAACCGUCGCAACAGUCAGAAGCUUUCUGCACCACGGGGCUGAUCUGACCGAGUGUUCAGUGGUUGUGAGGAGUUGGGAUAGGAUGAGGUAUCUCGAGACUCUCAGCAGUAUCCAAGGAUACCCCCUAGACAUAUUUGCAUGCGAUGUCAUCCGUGAUGGAGAUGUCCUGUCUAUCGUCAACGGGGCAUACCUGCUACGCCAAUUACAUUUGACGAUUCCAGAUGCCUGCAGAGAGGGGAAACUCGAAGAAUUCACUGCACUGGUUGGUGUAGCCCCAUUGCGUCAAAAUUUGGCCAUAGCGGGCUUCGGCACGACGCUCUAUCGGCUCUCGUCGGAUCAUCCAGAUCCGAUCCAGGAAACGAUUGCCGCUACGCGUAGUGGCAGACGGGACCAAGAGAGCGUAGCAUCGACACUUGCGCCCCAGUUCUUUCAAUCACACCGACAAGUGCAGUUGUCGGUUCUGCUGGGAGAGCAGGCAUGUGCGCCAGUGGUCAAGGCCAAGAUCGAGGAUGGGCAAAGCUGGAGCGUCAGCUUGAAGUGGUCCUAUCGGCAUCAGGCGGCAAGGCAGACACUGCACGUCCUGUAUAAAUGUUCCCUAACCUGUAAGGAACAAGUACUUAACGGUGCGGCGCUCCCACGAAUCAUCGAUAAAGCCCUCUUGCACCUUUCGACCUUUCAAAAUCAUUUCGGCUUGUUGGCUGAAUCUACUUUAACCAAGCACCGACUCGAGGCGGCAGAAGAAUCGUUUUGGCCCAAGUUGUGCCUGAUGUAUGAUGAACGUCGGUGUAGAUAUGAAGGCUCGCAAUUCUUGCUCAAACAGCUCGACGCAGACUUCCAUGACCUGGCCACUAUGUUAAGGUCACAUGGGUUCAAGAACCUGGGCUUCACAGGGACACAGUUCGCGUUGGACAACGAAGGUCGCCGGAUACCUUGGUGUUCCGAAGAGCCUCUAGCGUCCGAUGACUCUUCGGAGGCCACAAAUCCUGAGCAAGGAAGCGUGUAA